GCUACGGAAGCCGAGGGAGGAAUUAUGUUAGCGCGAACCGUGCGGGUGCGUCUUCGGGCCCCGCUGGGCCGGUUACGGGAAUUCGCUUCCAAAGCGGAUCCUUGGGCCAAGGCCUGGGGCAGCUCAGCCGAUGGAGGACAGGGCCAGGAGGCGGAGCGGGCCUCGCCCAGGACCCGGUCCACCCCCGCCGCUCCCCAGGAGGGCGGUCGCGUCUCGGCCGAGUUGAUCGAGCACCUGCAGCGGCUGGCGCUGGUGGACUUCGGCAGCCGCGAGGCCGUGGCCCGGCUGGAGAAAGCCAUCGCCUUCGCCGACCGACUGCACGCCGUGGACACGGACGGUGUGGAGCCCAUGGCGUCGGUCCUGGAGGACAGAUGUGUGUACUUGAGAGCAGACAAUGUUGGAGAAGGCAGCUGUGCUGAAGAAGUUCUACAAAACUCCCGCCACAUCGUAGAGGAGUAUUUUGUGGCUCCCCCAGGUAAUAUCCCUUUGCCAAAGCUUGGUAAACAAGAUCCCUUCUCCCAUAGCUGAUUAGUAUCCUUGGAAGGAGGUACCCUGUGAACAGCAACAAACCCAACCCAACGGUGGUGAUAUUUUGUUAUGAACACUAAUGCAACUGGCUCUUCUGAAGACAGUGGUGAAACAUCUAGCCAAAGCAAGGCAGUGAGUUCCUGGUGUUGAUAAAAGAACAAGACUUCUUCCAAGGAAAAGGCCACAAGUAUUCACCUGUUAAGUAUGGGAAACUUAGUCCUCCCUUCUCUCCCUUUCCUGCAAAAUACUAUCUAUCAACUGCAUCUGUCUCAACUUUUCUGUUUAUAUACCUAGUAGUCAUCACCUGAUGGUGUUUUUUUAAGGUUCUACCCAAGGACUCACUAUGCAAAGGUCUGAAUACUGGGCUAAUAAAGCUUGGGAACCCCUA